GUGAGUUAACAUUCACAGUAUGUGACAGCCGCGACGUAAGAAAAUAUAUUUGUACCCGACAUUUUCGCACUCAGUGUUAUCGAAGUGAGAAAUGUGUAUCACACGCAUAUAAUUAUUUAAUGAGUACUACUAAUUGUGGUUUAAUUAACAAUUAAUAACAAAAAUGGUGCAUAAAAUACAAGAUCAAAUUGCGAGUACCAUUCCAGUUAGUCGAAUACGAUGUGUCGCAUCUCAGGUAAUAGCAUGUAUGCCGCCCAACUUUCUUUUACUGGACCUUGGAAUGGCGAUUAGUUUCGCCACAAUCGCAGUGCCGAGUCUACUCAAUGCUAAAGAAGGGUUAUCCUUAGAUGAAACGCAAGCGUCAUGGUUUGGUAGUCUUUCAUAUUUAACUCAGCCAGUUGGUGCAUUACUAUCAGGUCCGGUAGUAGACUUUUGCGGUCGUAAAAGAGCUAACUUCUUAGUCAAUAUACCGCAUCUGGUGGCUUGGUUAUUGCUGUAUUUCUCAUGGGAUCUACCAUCUCUGUUCAUCGCCAAUGGACUCUUAGGAUUGGGAACUGGCAUUAUGGAAGCACCGAUCAACUCUUAUGUAGGGGAAAUCAGUGAACCAUCUGUACGCGGGGCUCUUUGCACACUGACCCAACUAUUUACCUCGAUCGGUGUAUUCGUGAUGUACUUCCUCGGUACUGUAGUGGACUGGCGAAGAGCGGCGCUAAUAAGUCUUGUGGUACCUGUCAGCUCUAUGGCUUUUGUGUUCUUGGUUCCAGAAACACCGGUAUGGUUACUUUCUAGAGGCAGAGAAAAGGAUGCGUUAAAGUCACUGUGUUAUCUGAGGGGAUGGACUAAACCAGAAGAUGUUAAAGAAGAAUUCGAUGAGCUGGUGGAGUAUAGCAAGAAGCUUCAGAAAUGUGUUAUUUGUGACAAGAUUGAUGACGUAACGAAGAGUUGUGAACACUAUAAGAUGAAUUCAUUUAAAAGAUCUAUCUACAAAUUUAGAUACGUGAUGCUGGGUAAAGAGACAAUGAGACCGUUGGUGUUGGUGAUGAUGUACUUUUUAUUCUACGUGAUGAGCGGCCUCGCGCCCAUCAGACCCAACAUGGUGAACAUAUGCGGCGCACUCGGCAUGGCGCAAGACGGGAAAGUUGUUGUCCUAAUGGUUGGCGUUAUAACCUUCUUAACUGCUCUCGUAGUGGUGAUGUUAAUAAAAGUGGUUGGUAAACGCAAACUAGCAAUAUCAGCGAUGUUCGGUACUGCUAUCUUCUGCGCCGCUCUCAGCGUCUACUCCAGAAAGAAUCUCGCAGACUCUGUUUAUUCUUAUGACACUAAUACGUUCCCGACGGAAAAGAGCUAUGUACCUUUGGUAUUGUUUUAUAUGGUGGCUACUUUCACUGGACUCGCUGUGCCUUGGGUUCUGCUAGGAGAAGUGUUUCCGUUUAGGAGUCGUGCUUCAGCUCAAGGUAUCGCAGCAGCCAGCAAUUACAUAUUUAGUUUUCUCGCCGCGAAAACUUUCAUUGACCUUGAGAUCAAUUUAAAAUUAUGGGGCACCUUUGCUACUUAUUCAGGGUUUGGUUUCCUCGGCACUAUAUACUUGUACUUCUAUUUGCCCGAAACAGAAGGCAAAACGCUACAAGAAAUAGAAGAUUUCUACAAUGAAGAUAAAUCGAAAACAUUCGCCGACGAUCCAUUUAUAAAUUUCUUUAAGAGAUUCAAAAGAAAAAAGUAUUCAAUGUAAUUAAAACUAUUGUGAUUAAUUUUUAACU